UCUCUAAAACCUAAAUAAAGUUAACUAUUUUUUUUUUUAAAUUUGAAGAGAUUUUUUUCUGUUACAAUUUUUAAUAACCUAAGUGAUGUAAGAGGAUUCUAAAAAUCUACGUUCGAUUGACUGACAUAAUCGAUAACAGAAUUGAUAGUGGCAAAUUAUAAAUUGAAAGUUCUAUAGUUCUAAUCAUAAUAAAUCAUUACCGCUCAACGAAGACAGUGAUUGAGAUAAACGUAUUCACUACGUUUAAUUUUUAACAUUUUAUUAUCUGUGGCAAUAAAAUGAUUGUCGUUGUAUCUCUCGUUGUGAUAGUUUUCGUGUUGAUUAUUUUUCACGAUGUAAUGAAAAAGAACAGUCAAAGAUGGAAACACCUGAGUAAGUUUCCUGGCAGCCCACCUUUGCCGCUCAUUGGCAACGUCUUAGAACUUGGAUUUGAUGCUGAUGAGGCAGCAAACAGGUUAUUCGACAUGUGGAAAAAACACGGAAAAUCUAAUUUCCGUUUAACUGUGGGGAGUGAAGAAUGGGUGCUUCUCUCUGAACCCGAUGAUGUUGGGACACUUGUAAGUAGCCCUACGGAAUUAUCGAAACCGUUAGAACGGAAUGUGGCUAUGAUGCCAUUUUUUGGGAAUUCAGUAUCAACCUCAGAAGGAGAAAGGUGGCGAUCCACACGAAAACUGAUGAAUCCAAGUUUUCAUUAUAAAACUCUGGAAAAAAGAGUAACCGAUGUCAACGAUUAUUGCGAAAGUCUCUUUACUAUCUUUGACAAGUAUUCAGGCAGAACAAGUGUUGAUGUUUACCGUUACUUGAGACCGUAUAUGUUUGAUUUAUUAUGCAAUUCAUUAAUGGGUGUUAAUUUCCAUAUGCUUGAUGACCUCGAACAUCCCUAUUUAGAAGCCAGUAGUCAAGUUAUCAGUUUCAUCACGGACAAUUAUUUUUCAUACUGGAGAAAUAUUCGGCCACUUUUUGUACUAUCGCCGUACUACAAAGAAAUGAUGGCAAUCAUCAAGACGAUCAAAAAUCAAAGCACGGAGAUAAUAAAAGAAAGACGAAAAAUAUUACAAAAGUUUAUCGACGACACUAAGAAUAACAACAAAAAUGUUAACAUUGACAUCGAUAAAUUAAUUGUUGAGAAGUUCUCAGACGAUGCGUGUCUUUUGGAUAAAUUCAUCCUUAGUAAGUCAAUUAACGGAGACAACAUACCCGACGAUGUGAUCAAUGAGGAGAUCACUCUUGUAGCAUUUACGGGACAUUAUACUACAACGAUGACAAUGAGUCAUACGCUGUAUUUCCUAGCAAAAUAUCCUGAGAUCCAGCAAAGGGUAUAUGAAGAACAACUGUCAGUUUUCAACAAUGAUAUUACUAAGAAGCCAACCAAUAACGAUUUAACAGAAAUGAAGUAUCUGGAAGCAGUUAUCAAAGAGAGUAUUCGAGCGGUGCCCACUGUUACAAAGAUCGGAAGACAACUUAAAAGUGAUCUCCACUUCAAAGAUGGUCGAAUCGCUCCAGCAGGAACUUCCGUGUUGAUAUUUUUCGACGCACUAUUUGCGAAUCCUAAAGUUUUCCCGGAACCAGAAAAAUUCAAGCCUGAAAGAUUCUUAAACAACAUGCAUCAAUACGCGUUUAUCCCGUUUAGUGCUGGACCAAGAAAUUGCAUUGGUUUCCGGUACGCUUGGGUGGCUAUGAAAGCAACACUGUCAAAUAUAUUGAGGAGAUACGAAAUCCUUCCCGGCGAGCCUGGCACAGACCCACAAUUUAAAUACAGAAUAAUAACGGAAUCCAUAAAUGGUAUACAACUUAGGUUAAAGAAAAGGGAAGAAUAACGUUUAAAAGUAAUAGAAUUAAUUAUUUAAUUAUAUGAAAUGUUUGCAUUUACUCUUGUAUACAAAGAUUUCAUACGCCUCGUAUAAUAUAAUAUUGUAUAUGAUAUUUUACUAAGCUAAAAAUAGUAAAUUGCUAUUAAGUAUAGUAUGUGCAAAUCUUACUAAUGUUAUCGCGUAACUUAAUAUGUACAUAUGGUUGUUCGUUACCACUUAAUUCUAAACAAUUGAACAGAUCUGGACUAAACUAGUACUCAGUUCCUUGUUAAUUUACACGGUCGAAAUUGCGGCCGAUAGCUAGUGUGUAUAUAAGCAAAGAGUAGUAUGUAGAAUUUAAUGUUUUUGAAAUGUAGUAAUUUAUUCCUAUUUAUGUGUAGAUACUAUGUAAUAGAUAGUAGAUAUAAUUUAAAUUAGUAAGCAAUUAAA